CAUAUUAAAAAAGUUAAUCAGCUCAGGAAUAAAAAAACCCUUUCCUUUCUCUCUGUUGACCCUGUAAGUAGGCGUGUUCGCAUUUUACCUAUGGAUUUCUUCCCCUUUGUUGACCCUGAAAGCAACCAAGUGUCUACUCAUUUUACCUAUGGACGUGCUCGUAAAGGAUUUUGCACCCUGUUCGGUGGGUGGGAUCAAAACUUGGGCACCCAAAUGCACUUAUUUUCUAAUUGACCAUAGAGCAUAUUAUUAUAAUAGGAAAAAAAAGAGAAGGGUUUUUUUUACUUUCUUUUUUAUUGAAAGAAAAAGCUAGAUCUGUUUGUUCCUAGGAGUUUACGACCAGCAAAUGAAGAGCCUCACUUUAUCAUCUCAUCUGAUUUAAAACUGAAUCACUCAAACUACCAACAGAAGAGACACACGCAUAUACGUACAUACAUAUGCAUAUUUAAAAAAUACGUACACACUACAUUUUAAAUUUGAGUAAGAAAUAUAUUGAAGCAUGUGGAGGAGGUUGUGGUGGCGCGAGGCUUUGAAGCAGGGUGUGUCUGCGGCCGUUGGGAGGAGACUUCCGCCUCCUCCGCCGAACCCGCUGCUGUUGGGUGGAGUGACAUUGGGAACCAAUUUAGUAUUCCGCGGUACAAAAAUUAGGUUUUCUUCUUCAUCUUGUGAUGCCAAUGCAACCUCUGAUUCCAAAAAGGCAGGAGCAGGAGUGGACAGCGUAACAUUCGGGGAGGCCAAGAAGCUGAUGAGGCUUGUCAAUGUGGAAUCACUCAAGACCAAGCUAGGGAUGGAAGGCAAAGAGGUGAUCGGCUACUCGGAGUUGUUAAAGGCUUGCGAGAGCAUGGGCAUUGCGAGAUCUCUGGACGAGGCCAUCGCUUUUGCACGCGUUCUCGAUGAGGCAGGCGUCGUACUUCUCUUCCGCGACAAGGUUUAUCUUCAUCCUGAUAAGGUGGUGGAUCUAAUUAGAAGAGCAGUACCUCUUGCUUUGACUCCUGAAGAUGACCCUAUAAGAGAUGAGCUAAAGAGGCUGCAGGAGAAGAAGGAAGAAAUUGAUGUGCUAGCACAUAAGCAAGUUCGGCGCAUCCUUUGGAGUGGUCUAGGAUUAGCGAUGGUACAAGUUGGACUGUUCUUCCGGCUAACGUUUUGGGAAUUCUCAUGGGAUGUAAUGGAACCGAUUGCAUUUUUCACCACGGCCACUGGCAUAGUCAUGGGCUAUGCUUACUUCCUUUUGACUUCAAGAGAUCCCACGUAUCAAGAUCUAAUGAAGAGGCUUUUUCUGUCGAGGCAAAGGAAACUGUUCAAGAAGCAUAAAUUUGACGUUGACAGGUUGAAGGAGUUACAAAACAAGUGCAAAACAUCUCUGGAUGCGUCUGCAUCUAUCCGGAAUCGUGUAGGAUUGGAAGUAGAACUAGAUGAUGCCUUACACAAGGAUUAGGCUUUAUCCCCACCUUCACUUCGGUUGCUUUCUUAUUCUUAUUAUUAUUUAUCUUGAUAACCAUUUCUAACAUAAAUCAAAGCUUAAUCCUUUUCCUCA